AUGAGAUCUUCUGAACUACUGGCACUUCGCGGGCUCCUGCAAACAGGGCGAUGCACUGGCUACGACACACUUCUCGAGACAACGUGGAUUGUAUACCGAGUAGAUCCCAGUCUUGACGAGCCUCGGAAGCCGCAAAAUGCCCACAUUGGUGUCAUCACACCACUUUUCAACAAGGAGCGCUGUCGCCUCAGAUACCAGCUCCCAUCUUCCACCACAAGUUGCCCGAUAUACAAAGGGAUCGAGGCCAUCUUUGCCGCCGCCAAAGAGGGUGGUUUCCCCUUUUCGGACACCUAUGCCAUUUCAGCUGGCGUCUUUCUACCAAACAAUCACCCAUUGUUACGCUCAUCGAACCCUGACCAUGUUUUGGAAUACACGGCCUUGCUUGCCCGAAGUUUACGGUCUCCAAUGAUGAUCGACCCGUCCGCUCUCGUCACGGUCAAAGUGCCUUCAACAACAAAUGAUUGGCGUCCUGUCAUCCCCCACUACAACCACCCUGCUUAUCUUGCUAGACAGUGGUUCUACUUGGUAGCACGUGUCUACGAGAGGGCUUUGCUUGAUUCGAUCAGACGCCAAAAGCCGAUUAACGACCUGAUUAACACUUGGAGGUCUGCGGAGGAUAACCAGACAAAAGCUUGGACUAAAAUUCGGUGGUUCUUAGAAAAGUAUUCCGAGCAUGGAAAAAUGCGUAAAACCGACAUGACCUUUUGGGACGAUAGAUGGAAGGAUUUUGGGAAGCAUUAUUGCGAGAGGGAGAAACGUUCAGUUGGCAACAAAUGA